GAAUGAAGCAAAGCAGGAUAAAGGUCUAUCUACCAGUUACAACGUUAAGAUUUGUGCUUAUGUGGAUAUAACACAGUGGAAAUGACAAAAGUAUAUACUGUACAAGCUUCUCCAAAAAUGAUGACGUUCAACCCACCAUAUUUUUGCGCAAGCUUCCAGCUCCUCCGAAUGAAAGAGAGAAAACUCCAGGUUGUUCAAGGGGUAAAGCGCGAUGGAAUUUUCCGCUAGAAGCUAACAAAAUUAAUUACGGCCAUGGCUUCUACAACACGAGCUUGUCGGCCUUUAAAUCGGCUUACCACGACUUUGCGACAGCCGAGUCUUCAAAGCCGCUGGCCACUACCCACAGCAAAUACCCUCCGUACUACAGCCAACUACAGAGUUUUCCCGUACGCGGCAUCGCAGUUCCACACUACCGCAUCGCGUCGCGCAGACGACGAACAGCCGUCCCGUGCCGACCUUUCGGCCCUAGAUGUGCUGGGCAAUACGCCGGUGCCCUCCACUUCCGUAGACGUCUGCACGUCGAACGGCUUCUUCCUUAACAGCGGCGCAAGAGUCACAGACGGCUCUGGCGUCCUCUUAAUUAACGGCGAGGCAUUCGUAUGGCGCCCGUGGAUACCUCGCGGCGAAAAGAGGCUGCUGAAUAAGAAGGGGCAAUGGGAGGUGCCGAAUGAAACCUUUGGAUUGUUUGAAUUGCUGUGGCCCCGACCAGAUUUAUUAAUACUCGGCCUCGGUCCGGAUAUCCGGCCUAUAAGUCCUGAACUGAGGAGGCAUAUUAGUAGCUUAGGUUUGAGGGUAGAGAUUUUGGACACGGGGAAUGCAGCUGCGCAGUACAACUUGUUAGCUACGGAGAGAGGAGUUGAGGAUGUCGCGGCUGCGUUGAUACCCAUUGGCUGGAGAGAGGGCGUGGGGGCUGCUUGAGCGACGUAUAUGAUCGUUCAUCGUAAACGUCACACCUAUACGGUUCACUCGGGCCUGGAGGUAAGAGUACGCAUAGAGAAUUAUGCGGUUCGCAGUAUCGUCAGUCUAUGAUGGUCUUAUUCUGUUCCUAGUUAUGGGUCGGACCGUCGCUUUAGUCUUAUCCUAGGCUAUAGCAUUGCCCGUAAAUAUGAAGGUCUAACUGGCAAAGACUGCAUAUGUACCUAAUAUAGGCAAGAGGUCGAGGCAAAUAUGUACUAUAUUGUACUAUGAGGCAUGUAUACUAUAUGAAAACUCAAAUACCACUGGGAUGUAUGUACGUAUUAACACGACUUGAGUCGGGAGAGGUGUUCAAGUAAAUCGUCAACGCUGUUAUUUUAUCGAUACACUUGGAAAACUCAAUAUCGUAUAAUCUACCUGAUGUUAUCUAGAUAUGAAUAUUAAGAUAAUUCAUAAUUCAUAUAGAAUCUUGUUAGUUGUACCAUUAUUUUGUAAAAUGAUUCGGACGGAUAGCUCGUCGCCGUCUUGGCGAAAAAAGUCGGGGAGUACUAAAAUUUUUAAGCUUGAGUCAUUUAAUAUUCUAGAAAAGUACAGAUAUCUCUUUUCGUCUUUUGAGG